AUGGCUACAGCACUCCUCAUCAUCGACAUGCAAAACCACUUCGUCUCCAUGACCAGUGGCUCGCUCAUCCCCAACAUCACAAAGCUUGCAUCCCACUUCCGCUCUCGUUCCCUCCCCCUGAUCUUCACGCAGCACGGCCACUCCAAGACCGAACUCACCCCGCCCUUUCGAAACCAGCUCGUCCGGAAAUGGGGUCCCGAAGGCUCGAUCGCCAAGGGAUCCGCGGGUUGGGAGUUGCUUCCGGAGAUCGCUGCACUGGUAGGAGGGGUUGAUUCAUCUCCCGUUGUGGCGAAGAAUACGUAUGAUGGUUUUAUCAAUACGGAGCUUGCGCGGGUGUUGGAGGCGAGGGAGGUGGAGAGAGUGGUUGUUGUAGGUGUGAUGACGGAUUGUUGCGUUGAUACUACGGCGAGGGGGGCUUUUAAUAGGGGUUUUGAGACUUGGGUCGUUGGUGAUGCUUGUGCUAGUGCGAAUAAGAGGCAGCAUGAGGCUGGGUUGAGGGGGUUUGAGUAUGGGUUUGGAGAGGUGGUUACGACGAGUGAGGUUUUGGAGAGGAUCUGA